CGGCUGUAGACGGAGGCCGCGGGCCGAGUCUGGGGAGCUGAGAAGCAGCGGAGAAGGGAUCUGCAGCGCUGCGCCGGGACCGCGCGCCCGCCCUCGGCCAGCGAGGAAGGUCUACUCCCACUCAUCUGGCCCGCGUCCCCCGGCCGCGGCACCGGAUUCCGGCGUGGGUGUGCACCCAGGGCCCUCGCUGCCCGGCGCGGCCAGGGCUCCCCAGUGUGCGGGCUCCAAGGGGAUGCCCAGCUGCUCUAGAUGAGGAGGUGCGCGUGGCCCGGGCAGAGCGGCCGGAUUCUCCGGGUGUGAGCGCCCACCCACCGCCAGCGCCAGUGCUUCCUUGACCGCUCAGGUUCGGCUAUGCGGGAGCCGUGAGGAGGAGGCUUGCAGUGGUGGACCUGAGAGCUCGGGACGUCAUGCUGGCUUGCUUUUAAGUGGCUUGGGGAAAGUGAAGAAACCCCAAAAUGGAGGACUUCGCUACCAGGACCUACGGCACCAGUGGCCUGGACAACAGACCUCUAUUCGGGGAGACGUCCGCCAAGGAUCGAAUAAUCAAUUUAGUUGUUGGCAGUUUAACAUCCUUACUGAUUCUAGUAACGCUGAUCAGUGCUUUUGUUUUCCCUCAACUACCUCCGAAACCGCUGAAUAUAUUUUUUGCUGUCUGCAUCUCUUUGAGUAGCAUUACUGCCUGCAUACUUAUCUACUGGUAUCGACAAGGAGACUUAGAACCGAAGUUUAGAAAGCUAAUUUACUAUAUCAUAUUUUCUAUCAUCAUGUUGUGUAUAUGUGCAAACCUGUACUUCCAUGAUGUGGGAAGGUGAGGCUGCCAAGGAGAAGUACUUACCAGGACUCUUCAAAAUGAUACAUUAGGAUAGUGAGUAAUUUUUGGAUAAAGUAUGCUGAAGAAUCUCCCGCAGAAGUCUGAUACAUGAUUUUCAUGUUAAUUGUAAAUGUAAAAUUCCCUCUUGCAAGGGAGACAUAUCUUGGAUCACUUUGCUUUUUAAAGAGCUGACGUUGCACCUAAACAUUCCAACCCUUAAAGCUCAAACAGCACAAGAAAUUUUCACUUUAGAAAUGAACAUUUUUAUAAUGUGACUGCAUGGCAAAAGGCUUUGUAACAUACAAAAUCUUGUGUUUUAAGACAAAUAUUCUUUUAUUUUGUUAAACUGAAUAUACAAUUGUUCCCUAGGCAACCAACUUUUGCUUUAUAACUACAAUUUAAUUUCACGUUAACAAAACAGACAGUCAAAAGACAACUUUGUGAAGAUCUAAUUACAAUAAUAAAUAAAAUAAUUUAUACAAG